AUGACUGCUCUUCAGUUCAUACUAGUCUUUGGUGUCUUGUCGGCAGUUCAAUGGUUUGCCGCCGCGCAAGAGAUUCCGGUCGCCGGGGUUAGGUCCGGCGUCAACACGAGAACUGGCGAGAUGCCCAUCAGGAGGAACAUCAACAGCGUCUUCGACGAAAGAGGGCCACAAUGGGAUCUCUACAUUGCAGCUCUUACUGCCAUGCAAGAUGCAAACGAGACGGAUCCGACGUCUUACUUCCAGAUAGCCGGAAUCCACGGCCAGCCAUACAUGGCCUGGUCCGGUGGCGGACCGCAGACGGGAGCAGACGCAGGAUACUGUCCUCACAACCAAGUGUUGUUUGGCACCUGGCAUCGCGGCUAUCUCUCGCUAUAUGAGCAAGUUCUCGUACGCCAGGCUAAGCGCAUUGCGAUAUCCUACCCAGAGCCUCACAAGAGGAAGUACUUGGAAGCCGCAGAGAGUUUGCGCAUCGCGUAUUGGGACUGGGCCGAAAACCACCAAGUCCCGCCUGUGACGGCGAUGCCGACGGUGAUCGUCAACAAGCCCGUAGCCGGCUUGGUACAGCCCGCGAGCGUCAGGAACCCGCUGUACCGGUUCAAAUAUCCCCAGUCCGCUCUAGACGGCUAUUUCGGUCGAUUCGAUGGGACGAACUCCACGAGGCGUUGCGCCAAUGACGGCGAGACUUAUCCGGAGACGGCUAACGAAAAGCUCGCGGGUUUCAACCUGAAGGAGAAGACGCUCCAUCAUGCCAACGUCGACCGUCUCAUCGCCUUCUGGCAGUCCCUUCACUUCGAAAAUGCCAAAAUGCACUUCUCGUACACCUCCAACGAAAUGUUCGCCACGCCGGCGGGCACAACGGUGACGCCGCAGUAUCCCAUCUGGCCAUUCAUGGGCUCGGGGGGCAGCCCGCUCACAAGUGAGUCGGUGACGCACGUCCGCGACUGGGGGUACACGUACGAGCCCAUGCGGUUCUGGGACCAGGCGCCGGGAGAGACCAAGAUGGCCGUCAGAAGGACGGUGAACCUCCUGUACGGUCCGUCGGAGCAGCAGAGAAAGCGAGGACUCUCGCCUCAGGGGCUGAGGAGGCGGAAGGAAGUGACGAAGAGGGAGUACUUCGCCAAGGUCGAGGUAGAGAGGGGAGAGCUGGAGUUGCCGUGCCAGGUGCAGCUGUAUCUGAAGGGCAAGCUGGCCGGGUCCUUUACGCUGCUGGACAUGCCCAAGAAGGGGAAAAGCUACGAUGAGAUCCCACUGAGCAGGGGGGUCGAGGUGGCGGGCUUCCGUGGGCUCUCGUCGAAGAGUGUACUGGGCGACGUCGAGUACGGGUUGGAGGUUGUGAUCAAUAACCUUGACGGAACAACGACCCCGUUGGACCGCGUGCCGAGCUUGAAGAUCGAGGUUGAGGACGUGAACUUCGUGGCGCCCGAUUCGCUUAACGAACUGCCGACGAUCGGUGAAGCACAAUGUCGCGCUGUGAAAGCGCGACCCUUGACAAUCAGCAACUAG